GCAGCGGCGCGGAACGCCAGCGGCGGCGGCGGCGGGGGCGGCGGGGGCGUGGAGACGGGCCCGCGCUCAUGCUCAUGGCCGCCGGGCAUGCGCUGUGUACCAUCCGCCGCCAAGGUGCUUCAGCUGCUGCGGUGGCAUUGCAGGCUCCGCAAGAGCGCCCUGUCCAACAGCGUUUGGCUGCAGCCGACCGACCGCAAGAAGAAGCGACGCAAGCGCUACCGCUGCCAGUGGCUCAAGGUGCCGUACCCGGUGCCCGAGGACUGCACGUGCGCUUGACGGCGUGCGGGGCGCCGGCGCCGCCGCCCCCGCCACCCCUGACCACCCCCCACCCCCACCCUGGGCGGCUGCAGCGGGGGAGGGCAGACAUCCCGCAGCGGGUGUCCCCCAAGGAUCUCCAGCCGCGCCGGCUGCCUCCGCGCCUAUCUGCUCCGUCCGGCCGGCUCUCUACUAGCGGCUCCCCACGCUUACUCGUUUAGCAGCAGCAGCAGUAGCAACUGGGUGUCGGCGCAGUGGACGACGGUUGUGAGACGUCGCCCGCCGGACACGAAAUAUGGGUUUUUGCAUAGCGGUGUGUGAAGCAACCACGUGGCCAAUGGCAUGUGAAGACUUAAAAAGAGUUUUGUGUUAAACUGAAGUAGUUCCGAACUGUGGCUGCAGAGUGUGCACUAAAUUCUCGUAAAGCUACAUUAUCCUGAUUUGAUUUUGUUCGACUAGAGCUGCACAACAACCCCUAAGCUGCAUAUAAGGAGCAACUAACCAAAACGCAAAUUGUCCGCUGGUGGAAAAAAUUGAUUUGGAUAUGAAAUCGUGUGGUUUUUAAUACUUUCUUCGCGGUCCUGCAUUCAUAUUUCUUCAAAACGCAUUUAAUUUAAUAUGUUAAAAUGCGUUUUGAAGAAAUACGAACGCAGGAACGUGUAGAGCGUAUUAAAAACUACAACAUUUCAUAUCCAACUCAAUUUUUCCCACCAGUGAACAAUAUGCAUUUUGAUUAGUUGCUCCUCAUGUAACAUAUAAUUAUAUAAUAAUAUAUAAAUAUUAUAAAGUUAAUAUAUUAUUAAAUGCAUAUAACUAAUACCGUAUAUACAUGUAGUUAUAUUUACAGAUUAAACCACCAACAUGAUGUUUCAUCAUCAAUGUAAAUUUAGCAGCACACUCUACCUUCGCAGUUGGGAACAAAUUCCACAUAAUUUGACCGAGUGAUAGAUUAGCAUUUGAUAUGUCGUCCACGGAAUCCGGUGGAAAAGCUGCUUCCGGUAUCACUUCGCGUUCAAGUUGGCGCAUGCGCGGAAGUUGAAAUGUGAUAUUCCCCUAUGAGCUUCACGCUAUGCAAAAACUCUCAAAGGAGUGCCAUUACCUGCUGGGAAUGCGAACUGUUCGAGCUUGCACGGGGUCGCCCAUUUCCCCGUGGCUGUUGGUAGACCUGUGCUUUCGACGGCCGGCCACUAAACGAGACGCUGCCUUGACUCGUGGUCGCAGACAUAUAAACACUAAAGUCUUGCAUUGUAGUAGUGUAUCAUAUAGGACUGUGUAUAGUGGAUGUUACGUAGACAUGUAGUAGUCCACAAAAAAUCAUGCACGGAUUUCAGUGGUCCGCUUUUAUAAAAUAAAGUGCCUGGAAGACACCGCUUUGGAGCGCUAGUGUCCCAAUGUCAUUGGUUCCUAUGUCAUUGCAAUCUAGUAAUAUUCACUUUUUGUGAAGAUAGGUUUGCACGACGAUAGUUUCAAGAAAGUUGGUGUUGAUUUGCGGUAUGUAUGUUUGGCGCAGAUUGAUUUCUUUCCGUUUGCAAAGUUAUUUCUAGAUUUUUAUUAACCUUAUGUUUCAAUAUCUGCGCUAAUUAAGUUAAUUAAUUAUUGUAUUGAUUGUCCGCUACAUUAUUUCUUGGUUACAAAUAUAUAUUAUUGAUGAUAUCUAAUUCGUUCGCGAAUUUUGAACGCAAGAAAAAAUCAAUAUCAAAAUCAUUGGCACAAUAUGUGAAAGAAAAAUCCAAUUUUUGACUUGCAAUUUAUCGUCGUGGAAACUACUAUCGAAAUACCAUCAUGUCAUUUUUUUCAUUCAUAUCGCCCUUUGCAUAAUGUAUUGUAAUGUGAAAUAUUGUAUUGUGACGUACCUUCAAAUUCUGAUUACAUCAUUGAACCAAACGAACGCAUUGCCUUCAUCUUCAUCGUCAUUGUAGAUUUUCCUAUUCAAAUUGUGUGCAGAAUUUACUAGUCUUUGUCGUGAAGCUCCUUCAUUUAUUGCAUUAAUCAUUGUAUAGUUUGAAACGUUUCUAACUCCCAUUGCCGCAUUAUUUUGUAUGUUGUAAAAAGUAAAAUUAUUUUAUUAAUAAAACUUUUGUUCAUCGAGA